AUGGCACCCAUCUCAGCCCUUUAUAUCACUGGACUUGGAUCACAAUACCCUCAUUAUAUUCUGACGCCAGAAAAACUUGAUGAAUUUGCGGAACGCUUUAGCGAUGUCAGCAGUCCAGGAGUUAAAAAGCUGCUUCAAAUAAACCGUUCAACAGGCAUUGAAACUCGAUCAGCAAUUCAUUCUUACGAAGAUGGGUUUGCUACUCAAGAAGAGCGACCUUCAGUCCGGGAUCUUGAUCAGUUCUUUCGACAAGCAGGGGUCGACCUCGCGGUUCAGGCAUGUCAGAAGGCUCUCCAAGAAGCUCACAUCACCCCCGAGCAGAUCACUCAUACCGUUGGGGUCACCUGUACCAACCAUGGCAGCCCGGGAUAUGAUCUACUUGUAGUUCGACAGCUCGGCUUGUCACCCCAGGUCGAUCGCAUGCUUCUACAUGGCGUCGGAUGUGCAGGCGGGCUCUCUAUCAUGCGCGCUGCCGCACAAAUAGCCAGCGGGGCCAGUCUACGGAGAAAGUCGGCUCGGAUUCUUGCCUUUGCCUGUGAGCUUUCCGGGGCUUUAUUUUCGGAUGCUGCCGCUGCAUUUAUUCUUUGUAAUGAGUAUGCGAUGGCAAAGGACGAGAAUGUCACCCCUGUGUUUGAGCUGGUUGAGUGGGGGACGAGUUUUAUUCCUGAUACGAUUGAGAACUUGUCUUUCUAUGCGGAUAUAGAUGGUUAUCGAACUGUUCUCUCUCGCGACGUUUCUAUCUACGCAAAGAAUGCUAUAAAACCAAUGUUUGAGAGCCUUCUCCUACCCUACAAGGAGAAAAUUAGUCCUGGACCAGGAGCUGGAGGCGAAGGUUUGCAAAUAUCGUUAGGAUCUGGUGAUUUUGACUGGGCUUUGCAUCCCGGCGGACAAACUAUUAUCAAAGGGGCUCAACAGGUUCUACAAUUAAGAGAUGAUCAACUGCAAGCAAGUCGCGAAAUUUACCGCACGCGAGGAAACUCGUCCAGUGCAACUGUUUUGAUUGUUCUGGAUCGACUUCGUACAUUGGGUAAGAAGGAGCACAUUGUUGCGACUUCGUUUGGCCCAGGAAUGACUAUUGAGAUGGCAAUUCUGAGAAGAUGUGAGACACCUCAAUAG